AUGCCGUGUUUCUUCAAAUCAUUUGCAUGGAUUUGCCAGGUCAAUCGGUUGGUAUCACUGGCAGACUUCAUCGAGGGCUGCAAGAAGAAGCCCAAAAAGCAGCUCAAGACGGAGAAGGAGAGGAAGAAGUGGAUUCGCGAUAGCUUUCCUGAUAUGAAGUUCGUGAGACACCCAACCACCAAGGCUUGGGCCGUGCCAGUCGAGAAAGACAUGUUGAUGCUUGUUGGAGAGAAGACGUCUGCUACUCGCGAGAAGAUCGAACAUCACGAAACCAAAGAGGAUGCAAAGGAGUCCUUGAAGCGUGGCAGGGACAGCAUUCGUUUGGAGAGCAACCUGAAGGCUGAUGUUGCAAAAGCCUUGAACAAGGAUGACGAUUCCGUCGACGAUGAGCCCGAGGAUGAAGAGAACGACUCUGAUGCUGAAUCAACAUCGAGCUUUGGGCUAGAACAGGAUGACGAGGCUGCGAAGCCGGCCAAAAGACGAAGAACUAAAGAGACAACAGCAGCCAACACGAAGCCGACUGAAGCUGUUGCCAGGGUUCCCAAGCCUGAGAUUCCAGGCAGCUCCACAAAAGAUGAUACUCCGAGGCCCAAGGUGAAGGCAAAGGCUUCUGCUGCUUCCGGCAAAGAGGAGAAGUUGACCAGGGCUCAGAAGGCAAAGCAAGAUCGGGCUGAUCGCUGCUAUUCCACCGCCACCAAAGCCUUCACUGCGAUCAAGGAAAUCUCCACUGAUAUGGUCUGGAGGAGUGUGAUUCGGACUGGUGAAGUGGAGCGAAGAGUUCAGAAGUGCUACCAGGCCCACGCUGAGCUAGAGGCUCAAGUGGCUGAAGGCCAGUUUGCUGGCAAUGCCGAGGUGGCUGCUGUUUGCGAAGAGAUGCCCAAGAGAGCUCUCUUGCUUACUCAGACCAAAGACUUGUGCAAGGGCAUCCGCGGCUCAACUCCUGACAGCAUGGCCAAAGACGUUGCAACUUGUGGAGAAGUGAGCGCUCUUUUCCUGACUGUCUUCGGCAGUGUCGUGAGUGACAUCCCGUCCACCAAUGACAUGUUGCAGACUGUCGCCAAGAAGUUGCACGCGGCAGAAGAUCACUUGUUCAUCAAGUUCUUGAGGCUGAUGCCGCCACCUGUUGGUGAUGACGCUGGCUUUUCUUUGUACAAGCUUGGAAAAACUAUGGAGGUUAACACCACGGCGGAAAGUGAGGACCACCCGUACUUGUGGGCGUAUCUCCUCAAGCUUCAGCUUUUGUGCAUGAAUGACUUCUAUGAGAAGCUUCGCCUUCCAACAGCCCCUUCUGUUUGCGACAAAGCGCUUCCAGCAUCGGACAUGGUGCCUGCAGACGUUGACUUCCAUAGCCUUCCCAAUGGAACAGGAUUUCAAGGACAAGUGAUGAUUGACCUCCAACGCAUCCUGGCCUGCCUUCAGAUCUACAACAAGAAGCCAGAGCCACGUUUCCUUUCCAUGGUGAGUCGCGAGACUAGCUUUUCCAGUAAGAUGGUCAUGGCUAUGAAUGCCCAGUCUGAGUGGAGGCUUUUGUGGAGUCAAGUUUUGGCAGAGUCCAAAGCCUUUGCUGAGCGGACCAUCCCAACCCUUGAUUUGGUCUCUUUCGGCAAGCUUUGCGGGGAUGUGACUAGUUUGGAGAAGCUCGCGGAUGAUAGCACCUAUUCUGAGGAUCAGCAAAAGUCCAUCAGGGACCUUACCAAGAUGCUGGCUAGUUGCUCAGACGAGGACUCUUUGUUUGAGGAAGAUGCUGAUUCCAAGGCCAAGUUCCUCCAGUACAUUCGGGAGGUGUCCACUUGGUUCAAGGACUUCAGGCCUCCUGUUGAAAGGGUCCUUCAGCCACUGGGAACCGUGCUCUCACCAAGCCUCUUGGAGUUGGAAGGCAUCACCGACCUCGCGGAGUGCUUCCCGCCAGGUGCUUUGAAACUGGCCUCAAACAUCGACAGCGUCUUCAUGCUCCAAUGCACCUUGACCUUGAUUCCGGAUUCCUUGAUACCUUGA